GCGACGGCCUUCGGCGCUCUCUCCGAGGACUCCAACGAUGACCCGUCGGGGCGGCGGAAGCAGGAGCCGGAGGGCAGCGAGGCCUUGGGGCGAGCGCGUUCGCCGGCCGUGCGCCCGGGCUCGCAGGCGCGGCCAUCUUGCCGUACGGACGGGCCCAGCGCGGAGUGUCGCCGUAGAGAGGCCGGCCCGGGCGCCCCCGCCCACCCCCGACGCCGCGAGCCGCGGGCAGCGCCCCGCCGGGUGCCUGAGAUCUCGGGCGAACAGAGGGUCGACGGCCGGCGGCCGGGAAGUGGGCGCCGCCAUCUUGUCGUACGGCGCCGCGGGGGCCGGCUCCCACGUCCCGCAGCCGUGUCUCUGUGCGCCUCCCCUCGGGGCGGUCCCGCUCCGGGCUCGGCGCGGCGAGGUGAGGGCCGGAGCCUGGCGGCGGCGCGGCGUCCAAGGCCCGAGAUGGUGAUCUGCUGCGCGGCCGCGAACUGCUCCAACCGACAGGGCAAAGGGGAGAAGCGCGCCGUCUCCUUCCACAGGUUCCCCCUAAAGGACUCAAAACGUCUCCUCCAGUGGUUAAAGGCUGUUCAGAGGGAUAACUGGACCCCCACUAAGUAUUCUUUCCUCUGCAGUGAACAUUUCACCAAAGACAGCUUCUCCAAAAGGCUGGAGGAUCAGCACCGCCUGCUCAAGCCCACGGCCGUGCCCUCCAUCUUCCACCUGACUGAGAAGAAGAGGGGGGCUGCAGGCCAUGGCCGGACCCGGAGAAAGGACCCCAGAAAGGCCUCUGGGGGCCUGAGGGGACAUACGAGUGAAGCAGACGGGAAAGGUGCUGCAGGUUCGUCGUCCUCUACUGAGAACCCGAUGGCCAAGCCAGAGUCACACAAGGCCAGGCGGACGGCCCGUCAGGAGCGGGCACGGCAGUCUCCGGAGGGACUUCCAGGUGACGCUCCGGCCACCACAGCAUCAGGCAGCCGGGCAGCAGCAAAUGCGCCUGCUGGCGAUGUUGGCGAUGACAGCGUCACCUCCCCCGAUGGGGGCCUGUUGGAUAAGAGUGGCAUUUCCAAGGAUGACUUUACACCUGUAGGGUCUGGGGCCUGCAAAUUUAUUGGCUCGCUUCAUUCUUACAGUUUCUCCUCCAGGCACACUCGAGAGAGGCCAUCUGUCCCCCGUGAGCCUGUCGACCGGAAGAGGCUGAAGAGAGACAUGGAGCCCGGCUGUAGCGGGACCAGCCUGGGGCCCGAGAAGGGCCUGGCACAAAGCCCCCCGAGUUCCUCACUGACUGCGACGCCUCAGAAGCCCUCCCAGAGCCCCUCUGCCCCUCCAACGGACGUCACCCCGAAACCAGCCGCGGAAGCCGUGCAGAGCGAGCACAGCGAUGCCAGCCCCAUGUCCAUCAAUGAGGUCAUCCUGUCGGCAUCGGGGGCCUGCAGACUCAUCGACUCGCUGCACUCCUACUGCUUCUCCUCGCGGCAGAGCAAGAGCCAGGUGUGCUGCCUGCGCGAGCAGGUGGAGAAGAAGAACGGCGAGCUGAAGAGCUUGCGCCAGAGGGUCAGCCGCUCCGACAGCCAGGUGCGCAAGCUGCAGGAGAAGCUGGACGAGCUGCAGAAAGCCGGCGCAUCCCGCCCGAGCAGCCUGCCGCCCCUCGGCCGCGAGCCCCCCAAGAUGAACCCAGUGGUGGAGCCGCUGUCCUGGAUGCUGGGCACCUGGCUGUCGGACCCGCCGGGCGCUGGGACCUUCCCGACGCUCCAGCCAUUCCAGUACCUGGAGGAGGUGCACAUCUCCCAUGUGGGCCAGCCCAUGCUGAACUUCUCGUUCAACGCCUUCCACCCAGACACGCGGAAGCCAAUGCACCGGGAGUGUGGCUUCAUCCGCCUGGAGCCCGACACCAACAAGGUGGCUUUCGUCAGCGCGCAGAACACAGGCAUCGUGGAGGUGGAGGAGGGGGAGGUGAACGGGCAGGAGCUGUGCAUCGCGUCCCACUCCAUCGCCAGGAUCUCCUUCGCCAAGGAGCCCCACGUGGAGCAGAUUACCAGAAAAUUCAGGCUGAAUUCUGAAGGCAAACUUGAACAGACAGUCUCCAUGGCAACCACUACCCAGCCCAUGACUCAGCAUCUUCACGUCACCUACAAGAAGGUGACCCCGUGACCCAGAGCGGAGCUUCGCCCAGCGGCUGACCGUGUGUCCUGGUGACACUAGGCUCCUCAGCAGGUGUGGGCGUGGCCGCAGCGUCUGGUGGUCUCAAGGGUGUUGUCCCGGGUUCCUGUAAUGACGUAGGAAAACCAAAUAAAAGGCCUUUAUUUUUAUGGCUGAGCAUUUUGAAUAUUA